UGACGCGCCUUGCUUUGUUUGUGCGCGCUUUCCGUAAUUUUUCUUUUCUCGUUUUAUCGUCAGUUUUUACUGUUGCCAGCAGCAGCGCAUGAGAGGGUUGUUUACAUCGCGGUCGGCUGUCGGUCGCGCACCGUCAAAAGUGAAGCUGGCGUCGUCAGCCUUUUAAUAACCUCGUCGAGAAUUAUCGCGUGCACUUCGAGUGAACGGCAGCGUGUACUAAAUGGGUGUGCUUCAAAGCGAUGGAAAGCUGCGGUGCGUUGCGGGGCCACGGGAAAAGAAGCAAUCACGCUCCGCCUGGAACGACAUCGCAUAUCAACGGCUGGCUCUCUCUGGGCCCAGAGAAUGCGGGAAAACAGCGAACUACGCGGUCGUUCUCGUCUUUCGUUCUAUCGGCGCGUGUCAGCGACUCAUCAACGGAGUGUCUGCGAUACAGCCGCUGUAUUUGCCCUCGGUUCGGAGGCAAAGGUUUGGGGCCACGGAUGUUGAGCAGCCAGCUACGCAGUGAUGCCACAUUGCACUUUCAAGUAAUCGCAUGCCUCUGGGGGUGUCGCCCUUGGGGGGAGGAGGAGGAGGAGGGGGUCCCCGACCCGAUGGGCCUAGCGGGGGGGGACCUCCCUGAGAAGGGCUGAGGGGGCAUGAUGCGGCCCUGCGGCGAGCCCCCCGGCGGUGGGCCCGGGGGGGCACCGGCACACAAGGAGUACCGCCAGAAGGCGCUCCAGCAGAUUCGGAACAGCCUCAUGCCCUUCGCCCACCAGGGAAGGGACCGACGGUCGAGCGCCUCCUCCACGGCCAGCGAGUCCGGCUCGUACGCGCCGUCCGUCGCCUCCUCGGAGGACACGAGUUCUCGCAGCUCCAAGUGGAGUUCCUCCAAGGGCAUCGAGUUCGGCCAGGAGAAGGAGCCUCCGCCGCCGCCUCCCGCCAUGGUCAACGGGCUGUCCAGGAGCGCGCCAGGCAAGGCGGGCGGCAUGAAGGCCCUGCGCAAGGCGAGCCUGCAGGCCGACUCGGGCGUGCCGCUCUGGGAGCGCUCCAUGCUCGAGGCGACGCGCUCGGACAGUCCGGUCGGCGCGCGGCAACCGCCGCCGCCGCCUCCGCCGGACUUCCCGCCCAGCGAACCGCCGCCGCCACCGCCUCCCCCGCGCGGGGUCGUCGUCGGGCCGACGGCCGGCAACCCCGUGGCCGGCGUCCACCACCACCACUCGCUGCUCAAGCAGCCCCCGCGGGCGCCGUCCUCGGUGGGCGGCUACAGCAGCACCUCGUCGGGCUCUGCGGGGCCCCUCCUCAAGGGCCCCAGCCCGGUGCCCCUGAUGGGGGGCGGCCGCCUCCUGUACCCGAGCGGCGCCGCGCCGCCGCCCCCGUACCCGUGCAGCGGCGGCAGCCUGUCGUCGGCGCCGUCGUACGCCGCCUCGUCGAGCUCGGGCCGCCAGAGCCCCGCGAACACGACCGUGAGCAGCAGCUGCAGCGACUACUCGGUGGCCUCCGGGGGCUCCAAGUCGCGCGCCCUGCCGCCCCCGCCCGCGUACACGCCGCCGCCGGCGGCGCAGUCGCCCGGCGCCGGGGUCUCCGGGCCGCCGCCACCGCCUCGACCCCUGCAGGCGUGGUCGGCGCGGCAGGCCAAGUCCCAGUCGCCGGUCAUCAUGCAAUCCGUCAAGAGCACGCAGGUCCAGAAGCCCGUCCUCCAGACGGCCAUCGCGCCCACGGCGCCGCUCGCGCCGUACAACUACGCCGCCUCGUCGUCGUCGGGGCCCCCGGCCAUGUCCGUCGCCUCGUCGCGGAUCCACGAACCGCCGCCGUACCCGAGCCAGGUGGCCGGCGGCGGAGGCGGCGUCGCCUCCGUCACGGCCGUCCAGGCGCCGCAGCCCCAGCCCCCACCGUACGCGGCGCACAACGGCGCGCCGCCGCCCCCCUACGCGCUGCACCGGCAGGACCCGCCGCCGCCCCCGCCCGCGGCCACCGUGCCCACCACGGAGCCGCCGAGCUACGCGUCGUCCGUGGUGGCGCUGGCGGCGCAGAGGGCCGCCGCGGCGGCCGCGUACGGCUCCUCCAAGAACCCCUCGCUGCUCGGCAGCAGCGGGCGGACCACGUCGGUGGCCACCACGACGGCGUCCUCGGACCUGGUGACCACGGUGGCCAGCAUCUGCUCCUCGCAGGUGUCGGCCCUGCAAGGGGGCGCGGCCUUGGGGGCGCCGAGCGGUGGGGCGGCGCCGCGCAAGGCUUCGCCCGUGGCCACAGAUACGGCGAGCUCAGCUUCGCGUUCCGAGUCGCCCGUGUCGUUCGUGUCUGUGACGUCUGCCUCGUCGCCGUCCACCCAGUCAGACUCGACCCACGACUCGGGCCGGGGCAAGACGACCCAUCAGUCGCCCAUUCCAGUCCGACGGAACUGGCCCCUCGAGAAGGAGGAGGAGAGGCGCGCCUCCAAGGUGCGGAACUACUCUCCGGAGGCGUACAAGUUCUUCAUGGAACAGCACGUGGAGAACAUUAUGAAGAGCCACGAGCAGAGGCAGCACAGGCGGCAGCAGCUCGAGGCCGAGAUGGCCAAGGUCGGACUGUCGGAAGAGGCCCAGCGCCAAAUCCGGCACAUGCUAUACCAGAAGGAGUCCAACUACAUCCGCCGCAGUCGUGCAAAGAUGGACAAGUCCAUGUUCAACCACAUCAAACGCAUUGGAGUUGGAGCCUUUGGCGAGGUGGCCCUCGUCCGCAAGCACGACACAAACCAACUGUACGCCAUGAAGACCCUGAGCAAGGAGGAUGUGCUCAAGCGCAACCAGGUGGCACACGUCAAGGCUGAGCGGGACAUCCUGGCCGAGGCGGACAACGAGUGGGUCGUCAAGCUCUACUACUCGUUCCAGGAUGAGCGUAACCUCUACUUUGUGAUGGACUACAUCCCGGGCGGGGACCUUAUGUCCCUGCUCAUCAGGCUGGGCGUCUUUGAGGAGCACCUAGCGCGCUUCUACAUCGCCGAGCUGGUGCUGGCCCUGGAGAGCGUCCACAAGCUGGGAUUCAUCCAUCGCGACAUCAAGCCCGACAACGUGCUCAUUGACCGCGAUGGACACAUCAAGCUCACUGACUUUGGCCUCUGCACGGGUUUCCGGUGGACACACAACUCCAAGUACUACCAGAAGAACGGCGAGCAUGCGCGCCAGGACUCGAUGGAGCCAGACAAGAACUGGUCGGAGGAUUGCCAGUGUGCCCGGAGCAAGCCACUGGAGCGACGGCGGAGGAGAGAACAUCAGCGGUGCUUGGCACAGUCCCUGGUGGGCACACCCAACUACAUCGCGCCUGAGGUGCUGGCGAGGCACGGUUACGGACAGUCGUGCGAUUGGUGGAGCGUUGGGGUCAUCCUGUAUGAAAUGCUGGUUGGCCAGCCGCCUUUCUUAGCCAACACACCUGGUGAGACGCAGUAUAAGGUGCUCAACUGGGAGACAACACUGCAGAUCCCCAAGGUUGCCCUGCUGUCCACUGAAAGCACAGACCUAAUCCUGCGGCUCUGCUGUGGUGCAGAGCAGCGGCUCGGCCGAAACGGGGCUGACGAGAUCAAGGCGCACCCGUUCUUCGCCUCCAUAGACUUCGAGGGAGGCCUGCGCAACAAGCCGGCCCCCUACAUUCCCAACAUCCGCUACCCGGCUGACACAUCCAACUUCGAUGCCGUGGACGACAUGGUUCUCGACAAGCCCCCGGCCUCAGCGCCCGAGCCCAAUGGCCGGCAUCCCGAGCACGCCUUCUUCGAGUUCACCUUCCGACGGUUCUUCGACGACGGCGGCCAGGCGUACCCUGUCCGAGCGGGGACGGGGGCCGCCCUGGGGGUCACGGGGUCACAAACCAGUGAGGACGGUCUGGACGGACAGGGGUCUCCAGUUUACGUGUGACCAAGGCCCUGCCCUUCGUGGUCUUGAUGAUAAACUUGAGGGGCAGACAGUGUUCGAAGUUACGAUGCGCAUCGAAUAGCAGUGGUCUGGCUGUGCAUCUCAUGUUGGCAGUCAGAAAGGCAGUGCAGUAUACGAGGCCAGGCCCGAAAAUAGCAUUCAACUAAGAGCCUGGUGUUUGCGCAAGUGCUUGUGGUGAGCUGCUUUGCCAUUGCUGUGGCUGCUGUGGGCAUCCCAGUUCGCAGCCGUCUCUGGUUGGUCUGUGUCUGCAGCUCCAUCUGCCGAGAAGAGCAAUCUUUGCAAAGGCGCAGUGGAUGAGGUUCUGGGGAUGUUCUAGGAACGGCCCAUGCAUGGGAACGACCCUGUCAAAAUGAUGCUGGUCAUCGCAACAUGCCGCAGAGAUGUCUUAUGGCCGAGGGCAGAAGUAGCGCUUGUCACUAAUAAAAGGUGGCAAAAAAUCUUCAGAUGUCUUCGAAUGUCCAGCCGGAAGAAACUCGCACUUGACACCAUUGUUAUCAGUUGACUUGCUUGGAUCUCCGGCUACUCCAUCACCUCGUAGCAGACCAGCUGUUGAGAUGACAUGCUCGUUGAAUCUGCCAAAGCCAAGUGAUAGGUUCAAAGCGAUACGAGGGCCCUGCCACUGACAACCUUGCAAUGAGGCGAUGUAUUUCACCGGCUGCGACCAAAUGAGCCCUUGUAAUGGGAUCCGGCGACAAGUGCCUUGACCAUCUGCACCAAAAACGAACAAAAAGAAAAAUUAAUGCCCUUUGACAAAGCGCCGCCACAAGAGUCUCACCGCUGUGUUGCGUCGAAGCCUCUGUCCGUAUUUUUGAAGAGCUCUAGUUGUGGCAACUGUUUCUGUGCUGUUACUGUAUUCUUUGUUUUAGGUUUUCCUUUUUUGCUUUGGGAGCAAAGCAAAGCCAAGUCCCGGUACUUUACUAGGAGAAGAAGAGACUCUGUUUCAAUUUCGCGAAAAAGAAAGAAAAAAGGUGUACACACUCCUCGCCGUCGCGUCCCCCGUCCGAGCUGUUUCAACGGGGGCGGCUUGUUUUUGUCGCUGUGGAGACGCGCUGGACUGUGAUACGUACCAAGGCGGUGCUCGUGAAGGACACUGUCGUCUGCUGCGUGUGUGGCGUGGCUGGACAAUGUUUUUUUUCUUUCCCAGUGCACGUCCCGGCAGAGGGGGGACAACAGAAGGGUGCCAGCUGGCGUCCUUAGGCGCGAUUGUUGCUUGUUGUUCUAUAACGCUAUUAUUAUUAAUUAUUAUAAUUAUUACCUCUUGUAUCAUAGCUUCCACCAGCUACCUCUCCUCUUGAGGAGUCCAAGCCCUCUGUGUUAUUUAUUUGAUCUGCAAGGAUUUUUGGAGAAGUCUGUGAGUGUCUGUCCUUUAUAUCUCCCUUUGUCAGUUUGCUCUCCCGUGUUCUGUGUGAUUGUUCAUUCUUUCUCUUCUUUUUUUUUUCUUUUAAAUAUCUUUCGAGGUGCGUUUGGUCUUGGUAUGUGACGACCCACAGCUCCUUGUUUCUUUGAAGGGGAGUUAAGCAGUGCAGCAGUAAAAUGUAGUCUCGAGGAUGCCACCCGGACAGAAAAUUUCAAGGCGGAGACCAGCUUUUUUUGCACUUUCUUCUGUCGCCCAACGUAGUGCAUCUGUGUCCAAUGUUAAACACGAACGCAGCAUUUAGAGCAACACAUUGUGCAAGCAAAGUGCCUUCUCAGAAAACGUCAUUCAGUGUGGUCUAUUGUGCCUUCUUUACAUGGCAUUCUAGCCUGAACGAAACUCCCUUUCGAAAUCCAGCUCUAUCGUGUGCCUUAUGGGAGAUAUAGUUACAGUGACUGGCCUGUCUGCUCACUCAUUACCAUAGCAAGCCUUUGAACGCUAUGGUCAGUUCAGUGUUUCUAGCAUUUGUCGGAGUCGCAGUCUUACAGGCUGGCCGAAUAGAUCGAUUUCAUGACAGGUUUCACUUCAUCACCGCUGCCGCAAAGAAUGUUGCUUUAGUAGUCUUUAGUGGGUUCAAGGGCAACUAUGGUAGGGAGCAUGUUGUGUUGGUUCCAUGAUAAGCCCGCUUGUCAUAUGAGGUCAAGAGGCGGAGAUGUGAAAAGAAAAAGAUUUGGUAGGAGAAGGGCCCGACAUUCACCUAAAAGUUGCUGAAAAAAAUCUGCAAUGUCAGCGUCCUCGGCAUUCUCUUCAUUGUUGCCUUCAACCCAAGUACCUAAUCAAGGGAAAAUGAGACAUCCACCCAAACGUAGCUAAGUGCUACAAAGGAAGCCCACACGGGUUUCUCGAAAGAAAACCCUCGCAGUUGAAGAAAAAUUUGUCCUGGUCCGGGACUCAAAUGCGAGACCACCGCCUUUCCGGGGCAGCCGCUCACCAGCUGAGCUAACCAAGUGGCUAGCAGAUGGCAGGACGAAGUCGAAUUUAUCAACAACUCGAAGCAAAGGCUAGAGUUUGACGUAAUAGUUCUGCAGAAACCCGCAAGGUGGACAGAAAUAAUUAAUAAAGGGAAAAUGAGACAUCCACCCAAAUGUAGCUAAGUGCUACAAAGGAAACGCAUACAGGUUGUUCGAAAAAAAAAAAAGAAACGGGGAACCCGUAUGGGUGUCCUUUGUAGCACUUAGCCAUGUUAGGUGGAUGUCUAAUUUUCCCUUUAUUAAUUACUUCUCUCCACCUUGCGGGUUUCCACACAACUAUUACAUCAAACCCAAGUACUGUGGGAAAGUGGCGAGAGCUACUGUUGUGGUGCUGACAAAGUCGCUGCAUAUGCAUUCUGAACGUGGUGAAAUCGGUGUUUGUUUGCCAUUAUCAUUUGAUGAGAUGAGGCCAGCAUUAAAGACAGUUUGUAGGACUCGUCACAGAUGCACACCGAGUGCGGAACAAAUUAUUUAGCUUGCAGCGAUAAAUCUUUGUGGGGCAGCUAUGCUUGUGUGUUAGUCCAGUGAUUUCACGAUGUGUUGAGCUGAUAUGUUCAGUGUAGUAGGUGCACACGUUGGUGCUGGUAUGACAGUUGCUAGAUGUGCUUUAUUUUCUUGUGUGAAAAAUCAAUGACUGGCAGCUUCUUGAAUUGAUAUGUUUGGCCUGCUGUAAUCUGUGUGCCUUCUACAGUGCAACCUCUUUGUUGAGAACUCAUUGCGACCAAAAGAAAUCAACACUGUAUCAGUAUCUUUAGUUUAAGAGUGGCUCAACAUUUCGCCGAUUUGCGGUUCAGUUAACUCCGCUGAAAUGCAUUCAAUGAAUUCUUCUUCCAAGAAGUGCAGAGUUGUUGCUUAACUUCCAAAUUAGUAUCGUGAGCACUGUAGUUAUUUUGUAGUUUUGUUAAAGUCUUGCCAGAACCACCUUGAGGCAGGCAGGCAGGCAGGCAGCAUGCAGUGAUUUGUCCCCAUUUCCCAUGCAUUUAGUGUGUCUCUAAUCGCAUGGUGAGCUCAGGUGAUCUGGGCUUUAUUUGUGGCCACAGGCUUGUCGUCAUUCACCAAACACACCUUUGGUGACAGCAGUAACAGUUUUGCUGCUUCUGUCGUCAUCUGACAGCAUCCCAGAUGCAGCUUGCACUAUCUCAUUGUGUCAGUUCCUCGAAACUCUUGCCUUUGCCUUGCAUGGGGUCAUAUUACGCAAGGAUUAUUUUCCUUUGGUUCUACUCGUUUCCUAUCACCCGUCAUGGCGAAGGGCCUGUACUGGUCACUUGUUACAUCCUACUUGCAUUAAGCAGGGACGCUCGUCGACAUGGCAGAUUUAGGUUGCCCUGUGCAAUGGCUUAGUGGCUGUGGUGCCGUGUUUGCUCAAAUCGGUGGGUCGUGGGUUCAAUCCUCACUUGCAGCGGCAGCAAAGAGCUGCCAUCAUGCCAUCCAGUGGCGAAGGACAAAAAGAAUGGAAUACGUUAAGGACGGCCCCUGAAAUUAAUAAUAUGCCCCCUACCCUCUUCUUUCACAGUUUUAUUGUUUCGUUAGUACAGUCAGUCACGCGCUUGCAGAAUAAUAGAAAAAUGCUUUUUUUGCUAUAGCUCAUUCUUCACUGUAAUCGUAUGUUCGCAACACGCAGAUUCACAAUAAUAAGGUCCUGUAAUUACUGUAUCUUCCAGUCUGUCAGUUGCACCUCCCUCAAAAUGGCAAUUUUUUCAGAGGGAAAAAAAUGAAUAUAAAUCACACUGUUGUAUACGACAUACCUGUUCAUUUGGCAAGGGAUUUAAAAAAAUACAGUGACAUUUCACUUGGCAAACACAUGUCACGUGCAAGCAUAUCGGUGCCAUUCUUCUAGAAUUUGGAUAGCAGUUAUAUGGACACUCCAGGCGCAUUUCUGCUGUCAUGGUCACUACGAUGUUCUGUAUAAAGUCUAAGGGCGAUAGCAUUGACCCCAUGCACCGUAUGAUAUAUGUGUGAAGGAAAGCGUGCAACAGUGAGCCGAAUCGCGUCCAAGGGAGGAGAGCAGGAAGGCAUUGUGAGAAGGAGGGGGUGGCUUGUACUUUAGUAGCAACUGCCUAGUUUGUGCAGCGGCGCAUGCCGUAUCUUGACAGCGAUCUGCAGAUGUGACGACUUUGGAGUCGGUUGACUCGUGAUUGGUCUGCUGCAGCUAGCUUUGCUGCUCCGUCCUUCUUGCAUGGCGCUCGGCAACUCGAUUGCGACAAGAAUCUGAUACCUCCAUAGUGUGCGCACAACUCAUAGCAAUUGCUAGAGGAGGUCAACCCAGCAUGCUUCACCUGGCCAUAGCAUCCAAUCCGAUUUUGACGGCAGUUUUUUCAGAAAAAAAAAAGCAUAUAUAACUCGCACCCUUUUAUAAGACGCACCGACAAAAAUUCAUGAACAGAAAUUCAACUUAUACACCGGGAAAUGCAGUACAUGAGUUUACUUGACUGAAAUUAUGAUUUUUGGCUCUCGCAGACUGGGAAAUAGACAAACUAAGUGUAGUUGACAUCGGACAAGGUACAAAACAGAAACUAAGAAAGACUGAGCAUUGGCAGAAGUUUUCAAUGAAGGGAGAAAAAGUCUGGUGCAGGUUUUCUGGCGUUUCAAGAAAUCUGUACAGGCUGUACUGGAGUAAUUGUAAUUUAACACAGAUGGAGAAGGUGGUCUAGUUUCAUAGUUGAUCUAUUGCGACCGCAGUGAAGUGCUCUUUAAUUUCCAUUUUUGUCAUCCAUUUUCAGCUGAACUGCGAACACCUCGGCUGAGCCUCUGCGCAACGUCUUUUCUUUGCACCAACAUGGGCUUCAUUAUUAGCUGAUGCCAUCAAGACAUUCAGUAGCAAAGCAAAUGGGUCGAAUAGAGCAUUCAAAGUUGUAAAGCAAGCUGCCACAAAUCCUAAGCCUUGCUAGGAGCAUUGCUGAAUCUAACUACGUGCAGUGUUUGGAGAUCUCUGCCUCUCACGUUCCUUGAUUUUUGUGACUAGGAUUACGAAGAUAACUUUAAACUUAGUGGUCAAAAAGUGACACAGUAAAUCGAUUUGAAUGGGUAGAGUAUUUUGAAACCCUAGUUUGCAUUUUUGACGAGAAGAGCUGACUGCCAAAUUUCACUGCUUGUUUUUCUGCUGCUGCAGCUCCUGCAACGCCAGCCAUGACAUGACAGAUUUAACUUAAGUGGUGCGAUGGCUUAGUGGCUAUGGCUACCUCCAUGCUCAGCAUUGGGUCAUGCAUUCGAUUCAGUCACAUUAGCCAUAUUUCAUUGGUGGUGCAAUGGAACAAUGCUUGGUUGAAUUAUUUGAUUAGUUGCUUCAACUGACGUAGCAUUUAUUUUUAGGCGAUAGUUAGGCAACCGUUUAUAGGCUUCCAACCUACUGCUGCUAUCUCUCUAAUGAUAGAACUUGCUCAACAUUUUCAAUUCCAUCAGUGUGCGAAAAUGGCAAAGUUGGCAUAGUGGAGGCUGAUCACGUCUGUCAUAAAAGCGAUCACAUGUCAGGCCUGUGUGCGUUACUGUGAGUGUGCAUACGUGCCAAACAGAGAUUGAGUGGUAGCUGGUCGUCAAUCAUUGCACUCUCUGACUUGUGAAAGAAUGGGUUAAGGAAUGUGUACCUGUAGAUGACUUGCGGGUUUCUAAACAAAGGAACAUAGUGCAGGUAAAGAGAGCAGGCAAGUCACCGCAGCAGCUAUGGCGGUAUGCUGCUGAGCACCAGGUCACAGGUUUGGUUCUCAGCUGUGGCAGACACAUUUCAAAAAAGGGCAGACACCAAGAUUGCUUGUGUAGUUAGAUCUAGGCAUGCACUAAGCAACCCCAUGUGGUAACAAUUAACCUGGACUCCCAGACUACAAUGUCUCUCAGCCCAUGUGUUGCUUUGAGGCAUAGUACCAUGAUUUAAAUGGAAAAACGAGCAGAUGACAGCAUUGGUGCUGCCCAAUCUUGGCUCUUUGUCAAGUAACUUAUGAUGAAGACCUGGUCACAUGCAAGAAAUUGCAAGGUGAUUAAUCUGUGUAGGCUUCGUCUGCCACAUCCUCAUGCCGUGCUGUGUAGAUUGCCUGUUUUCCAUCUCAUACUUGGUAGGCGACAGUGUCGAAGGUGUGCAAAUUGUGCCAUGAUAAAACUAUCACUCUGCAUGUUUUCUUGGAAAGUUUGUAGCUGUGAAAUUACCUCCAUGCUGCAACUUACUUAUCUGUCGCAACUGUAAUGAAUGUAGUUUAACAUUGUGUCCUGUUGUGUAAUGUUUUUCCACCCUUCUUGUGACACUAGGUUUCGGGUCGCGAAUGCAGGCAGUACACAUUUUAAUGGCAUGGUCACGUGGCUGUUAAAAUGUGUCACUCUGCAUGUUCUGUCGCGGUGCAGUUUAGGCCUCCUUCAUAUAAGAACAUUUUGUAUGUUACAAACAUAAUGUGUGGAGACAGUGACGCAUUCAUUUGGAUAUUUUCAUGCUUCUUGCUCCCAAUAUCUGACGUACUAUUAUUUCAUUGCAAAUGCGCCAAUAUGGAAAGUCGCAUUGUACUUGAGAACAACAUUUUUUUGGUUAUAAAGACAAAUGUAUAGGGAUAGAGCUCCUAUGCAAGUUUUACCAUGCCACAGUAUGCAAUCCAGUUAACUCUGGUUCUACUUUCAGUUCCUCUGUUCUUGGGCAGUUUGUUUGCUUUCACGAAAGCAGCUGCAGUUCAAUUGGCAUUAACUUUGCACAUACCAUUUGCUUCGCAUCUUAAAGUUUGUCAAGUCUCUGAGGCAAGCAGCUGAGUGGCCAGUGAAUGAAUAAUUGUCACCGUUUUGCUUUUGGGAGAUGUGUCAGAUAUAUGACAAUCCCACUUUUGUAAGAAGUUUGUGAAGCAAGCAAACAAAAAAAAAAAUGAGGUAGUCCGUAAUCAUUAUUAUGUCUUUUCAAAUUGUGCGGUAACUAGAGCUAUAACACGUUUAUAUUUCUCCCGACAGAAAAUGUUGGCAAAAUUGAGGAACUGUAUUCAGCAGCAAUGUCGUGUAUGUUCUUUGUUUGUGUACCUUUGACCUUCAUAGCCAGGAGAGAUUGCAUGGCUUCCACACUGUUGCCUGCUGUGUAUGAAAUGGUGUAUAAGGUGCCUGUGGGUGAGAGCUGAUUGACGACCAGUUCAAUUCAAUUUCUUUUUCUGAAAUAUUCUUAGGCUUUCUGGAUUAAUAUCUGUACUCUGCAGCUUGACAGAUGGACUUAAAUUUCUGUCAGCUUGGCUUUGUGGCGCAAUGUAUUAUGGACGGAAAUCUAAUGAGUCUUUAAAACGGUCGCACUUGAUGCUUGACUUGAAACGUUUUGCUGAAGCAUGCUGUUUGAAGUAUACUCCCCGAUUGCACAUUUCUCAGUGCCUCAUAGAAAAAAUGCCAGUUUAAACCUCGUUGCUACCUGCUUUUCCUGCAGCAGUGUUUAAAAAAUAAUCAAAGGGCUGGUUAUAGACUGCUGUUUGGGGCCAUUCUUUCAAGCAAGGCUCAGGUUGUUAACUAUAUCAUUCUAGGGCUAGAUGUUUCUUUAAAAAAAAAGCAGGAAACCCAGAAUACAAUUUGCUGUUGAGAUAGUUAUCUUCAUGGACAGCAGAAAAGUGGGCAUAAAUGGAGAGGUGUACACAAACAAGGCAGACAGGAUAUCAAUGUGCUUUUUCUUUGUCUCUUGGGAGAUUGUGUUCAUGCAUGUUGCGAGGCCUCUCAUUCUUUUUGUCUUUUACGUAUAACCCAUUUAUGCUCCUGAAGAAUGCGAGGUGAAGAAAAAUUCAAUUGAAAGUAGUGCUCUUAAAUGUCAAUAAAUAAAACGAAAGCACUUCUUGACUGAUGGUUAUCCUGGUAAUCUGCAAAACAAUAGAACCUUCUUAAUACCUACAAGGAGAGUGUUGUGGAAUGGGGAAGUAAGACUAUAAGAAACUGCUGUGACCGUAAUUUGUUUACAGCUCCUUACUCAGGCUUGAACAUUCAUCCUUGAUCAUUGUACUUGUAACUCUUUCUACAGGUUUAUUUUGUAGUCUAUUACUCUGCAUUAAUUUUUUUUUGUCCAGUUUGAGGUUAAAAGCAGAUUCGUUUGGGCAUGCCCUGUUUAAUUAGGGUGUUUACCUUACACUUCAAGAGAGGCAGCAUUGAAGUAGUUGUGUCCAUCUGUCUGUUUAAACACACACAUUUCUAGCAGUGUCUGGCGGUACAUUGCUACCAUUUUGCCAUCCUGUACUUGUUUACAUGUGUGGGACUGACUACUCUUUCUUAUAUUUGAACAUUGGCUUGAGGAAGACAAGGAUAGAUUUGGCGUGACAAAAACAAAAAACUUCAACUUUAUAAUGUUGUUCUUGAGCAUGACGAUUUCUUGACAUUGUAAAUUUGGUGAUAUCCUAAAUAGCGAAGAAUACUUAAAGUUUACAAGUAUAGGUCUUGCUGUUCCUUCUGUCUUGACUCUACUGUUAAAGCCCGCACUCGUUGCUGCUAGCUGGACAGACGUUGCCUGCGAGCUGUUGGAGGUUACUGUUGCGAUUAGGUAGUAUUGCCAUUUUUCACCUUUUGUGGGGGCUCCUUUAUGUGUCUUUUGGCACAAUGUUGGGGCUAUCCAAUCACGCGGGUGCGUUGCUGCCAGUAUGACACAGUGUGCCUUGGCAAUGUCAUCUGAUAAUUCUGGUAGUUUCUACAGAACAACCACUUAUGGAUACUCAUUCAGGCGUGGACUUGCGCAUUAUGCCGCUGCACUUAGUUCUAGAAGUACCUUGUUAGCUUGUAGUCCACAGCUUUGUGUGGUCAGAGUGCCGGUGAAUGUGAAUUGCUCGAACUGUGUGGUGAUGCUAAAUCUUUAUGUCGUCUGUGGGGGUUGUGGUGAGGGAAUUAUUUCUAGUGCAGUUGUAGACUAUUUCUCUCUUGAAAAGGGUGUUUUCAUAGGGAUAAGAUUUGAGAGGUGGGGGAUAUUUUGACACUGGAACACCUCCCCUGGCCAUUCUGCCGUACAGAAUUGUGCUGCACGCUGAACCAAGUGCAUUUGAUAUGUAAAUGUUGUAAUAGAAUUCAAAGCAAUCUUUAGUCAUGCUCAGACCAUGCCCUUUGUAUUCAUGAAAAUAUUAUUCAUUCAUGCCUGUCUGUUGCUGUGAGGCAAAUCCAAUUGGUUCCACACCGAACAUCAUCCCAUGGAUAAUGGUCCCCGCUCCACCUUAGACCUCAUAGUGUGUAAAAAUCAAAACCACCGAUGCUUAUUUUGUUCUGGGGCAUGGGGGAUGAGGUGUCUGCUCUGUGCAUAUCUCAUUGACAUUUAAACAUUGACAGAAACACUUCUUUUGCUAUGUUCAAAAAUGCUGUAAGCACACAAUUGUACAAAAGGGUUGAUGCAAGUUUGCAAAUAAUUUGCAAUGUUAGAAUGGUGAAUGGUGUUGCCUGUACAAUAGACAGAGAACUUGACGAUACUUCUGUAUGCACUGUCAAUGUGGAUUGUUUCCUAUGCUAAAUUCCUGCAUGAAAAAUGCUGUUUUGCCCAUUUAUGCACUGAAGUAAAGGUGAUAACACUGCUUCCUACAUUGUUGACCAGAGUGCAGUGAUGGGUUUCCAGAGCAUGGAUCGUGUCGAAAACAGGCCUUCCGCUCAAGCCCUGCCUUGCCAACCCCUCGACAAAGAAACAAAGUGCUAAGCGGAGAAUUUUGCUGUUUUCUUUCCUUGUCUAUUGCACCAAAACCCUCCCCCUCCCCCCCCCUCCCCGUGUUCUGUGCCGUGUGUACAUAUUGUAAAUUUUUGGUUGGACAUAUGACUGUUGUUCCCUGUUCUCUUUGUAGCUUCCCUUGUUUUUACAUAUAUAGGCUUCUUGCUUUGUAUUUCUUUUGGCAAUACGAAUUUUUUUUUUCUAGGAUGGUGUACAUAGGAAGGCGGGCUUUUAGUCAAAAGAAAGAAGCCUUGUACAGUUUCCAGCCUCACGUUAUUGCGAGGAUGUCUUUUUAAAGGCUUUUGUUUUCGUUCCUUGUUCUGUGCUCUCCGGAUUCGCAUUCUGCUGUGUCACUUUCGUUCUGUCAAGUGCUUGGAAUUUCCUUCAUCUUUUUACAAUGCUCCUUCCCUCUGUCCUUACCACAAGAUUUUUCUUUCUUCAAGUCUUUGUUCUGCUCUUGUGUUGCUGUGGCACAGAAGUAACAAUAAAACUAAAUCUCUUCUAUGAA